AUGAAGACUAUUUCAAUACAUUUCAGUCAAAAUAAUAAUGGAGUUAAUCAAUCGAUAACAACAAAAACGUUAUAUAAAAAUUUUAAAUAUUAUCAAAAUUAUAAUCCAGCUGCUGGUGAUGUUAAUAGAAAUGCAACUAUAUCUCAAAUAGAACAUGAACGAAAUGUAUGUGAAGAAGAAUUAUAUAGAUUACGUUAUGGAAUUGAAAAUUUAUUAGCUAAUAAAGAACAAGGUGAUUUUAAAAUGCGAGAACAUAAAGAUUUUAAAAAUAUAGAAAAUCCUUUUCGAACAAUGAUAACUAAUAUAUGCAAUCUGAAUAGUACAUUUAUAGAAAAUUUCAUAAAAUUUACAAAAAAGAAAGUGUUUUUUUCAAAAAUUAUUCUAGAUAAAAAGAUUACAAGUUGGAUCAAUAGAUGUACUCCCUGUUGUCGUCGCUGGAGACGAGAUAAUAGACGUAAUAAUAGUAUUUUUAAAUCCAAUGAAUAUUCUCAUCGUCAGAUUUAUAAUGAUCAAAAUUAUGAUAAUCCUUCACAUAGAACUCCAAAAUCUUCACAACUUUAUAGCGACUCAUUUAUUUCUUCUUCACCAUCAAUAUCAUCACGUUAUAUUAAUCCGAAUAGAAGUCGAAAAAAGCAUAAUUUAAAAAGAAGUAUUAGUAAAUUAAUGAAUGGUAUGACGACAUCCAGUAAAAUGAAUGGUUCGAAUCUAUUAAAAUCGAAAGAUAUUAAUGAUUCUCUAUAUAAUUCAUUAAUUCUUAAAAUACUCGAAGCAAAAGCAUUAGAUUGCCUUUGUACUGGAUAUUCAAAAGAAAAUACACAAAAGCAAAUUUCAAAUGCAUUAAAUGAAAUGAAUCAAAGAAUUGGUGAACAACAAUUGGAUUCUACAAGUGCUACAUCAUCACCUUCUAGUAAUAAAUCGUCAAUAUUAACCGAUGAUAAAUUUCCUUCCUCUCAAUUCAAUACACCACAACUAUCGAAUGAAGAAAUAAGUUCUCCAUCGUCAUCUGAUAAUGAACCACCUAGUGUUAAUGAAACAACAUCAACAUUAUCAUCACCUGAUAACAACAAACAAAAAAUUAAAAGCUCAUUGAAAUUAAACGAAAACAUAAAAUCACCAAAGAAAAAGUCCAAAGUAACCAUUGUUGGUGAUAAAACACCACAAUUAAACAAAUUAACAAAAAAGAAGAGAUCAUCUUCAAAACAUAGAAAAAAAUAUAAAAAAGGUUCAAAACAAAAACGUAAACCAACUAGUGUAACAAUGAAACGAACAAAAUCUCGAACUUCAAAUAAAAAAAGAGGUAAAUCUCAAACAUCAAAUAGAAAAAGAAGUUCAUCGAAAUUAAAAAAACAGAAAGGUUCAUCAAAAUCUUCAUCAAGAAGUAAAUAUAACAAAAACCGGCAAACCAAAAAUAAUCGGCGUACUAAAAAGAAACGAACAAAACCAAAAUCAAAUAAUCAGAUGAAUGAUCAUGAAACAGUUAUGUUACCAAUAUUUAUAUAUCCUCAAUCAUAUCAAGAAGUAUAUCAACAUCGACAAAGACUAUUAAAACUUUUGCUUUCAUCAACAUAA